AUGAAUCAAUAUUUCAUGCUACAAUUCCAAAUUCCAAGGAAGACUCAUCCUAAAGUCAAGUUCACAGUCGAAGAUGAUGCUAAACUUAAAUCUUUGGUCGAAGAAUUCGGCGAAACUGACUGGAAUUUGAUUUCACAAAAAAUGCAAACAAGAAACCCUCGCCAAUGCCGUGAGAGAUGGGAAAACUAUCUUUCUCCUAAAGUUAAUCAUGAUCCAUUCACUCCUCAGGAAGAUCUUAAACUCUUCAAUUUAUACGAGGAACUUGGUCCUAAAUGGGUUGCGAUAUCCAAGCGCUUCAACAAUAGAACAGAUAUCAGUGUAAAAAGCAGAUGGAUGGUUCUCAAACGUCGAAAUAUUACGAAAGAAUCUGUAAUGCUCCAACUUAAGAAUCAAGCUCCAGAAAACGAUGACCAUGAAGAAAGAUCUAAUAACGUUGACAAGAUAAUACAGAGAUUAGCUGACAUUGCCGAAUAUUCUGACAAUGAUUGGUCUUGCUUCGAUAUAGAGCCUGUUUAUACCAUGUUUUAA